AUGCCUGGGUACAAUUUAGCCACCUCAGACAAAGAGGGCAUCGAUCCUAAGUAUCUGUGCAAUUCCUGUGGUUUGCUCCUACGAGAAGCAAUGCAAACGGCUUGUGGACAUUUCUACUGCCGAUCAUGUCUUGGAAAUCUAUUCAAGUAAGCUGUAUUCUCAUGUUUCUCUUCCUGUACUUUUGGUUUGGUGUCGUUUUCGUUGUCGUGUAAAACGAAAAAUGAACUUCUUUUAUUAAUUCUGAGCCUUUAAUUGUUCGUUUUCAUUUCUUGCACAAGGUUAGAUGGCAUUAAGUAAUCUUCUUGAUGGCAGAAUAAAUUAAUGCCUGAAUAAACAGCAUGCAAUAACAACACAUGAAUGUAAUAGUUUUUUGUACCUAAAAUCGGAUGUAAGAGUGAUAGCAAAAUAGGCCCUGUUGCGGUUUGGAAGCCAUCUUGAUGAGUAUAGGCAACUGUGUGAGAAAUUACAGUGUUUGUUUGAGAAUCAAAUGUUUAAUAAUUUCAGUACUGCAUCAGUCAAUUCCACCUGUGCCCAGUCCGUCCCAGGCUACUGCGGGGCAUUUGCCUGCCUUGUCAGUCUCGGGGGUGGGGCAUUUGCAAAGUUUGCACUGCCCGGGGGCCGGGCAUUUGCCAACCCUGGGGCCAUUCCUGAACUUUUGACACGCAUGCGGUUUCCUAUCAGAAUAUAACUACACAGAGGGUUUCACUGCCAAAAAAGCAGAUUGGCUCAUCUGUCAAGGACAGGAAUAAAUUGAAGAGGGUUGUAAAGGCAUGUUCUCGAUUUUAUGCAUGCAUUUCUUCAUUGCUUAUCAAGCCAAAAUUACAUAGCGAAAUUCGAGCUAUCGAUGUGAAUCAACGUUUUUGGGUUAUUGAAUCAAAUUUCUGUUGAUAUUAUUUGAAGAACAUCCUUUCAUAUUUAUAACACUAUUCAUAACAUAAUUUUAUAUAGCUCUAUUAAUUUUAAUGUCAAUAAUUUUAUAUCAAUACUAAAAUCAUAAACUGAUGCAUGUCGUCGUUAGAAUCGUUGGAAUCCUAGCAUGUCCUUAGAAUCAUAGUGCUAUUUCAAAGGAAAAGUUUAAUUGAAACGAAAAAUCGCACAUUAAAAUGCUUAAAAUGGCACUAUUUGACUUAGCCUCCCACGCAGGCGUUUUUAGGGGAGCUCGUAUUUCUUCCCUCCCCACAAACGCCUGCUCAACGGAAAACAACAUUCCUUUUCUCAUUGUUUUCUUUGCAUGGUAAGUGACCAAUCAACAAUUGUGCAAUUAAGUGUUGACAGCUAGGCUAAACACGACUGAACGUGACCUUGGAGUUACCGUUUUCCUUCUUUUCUUUCCUUUGCUAAGGUUAUGCAGCGCACGGAGUAUUCUGAAUUUUGACUAAUUCUUAUUUUUUGCCGCUCUGAAUCUAACAUUUAUUGCAGGUCAGAAAGCUUUCCCAGUGUUUAAUGCAGAUUGAGUAAUUAUCAGAUUACCUUGCGGUCAAGGUCAACUUUCCAGAAUUUGGAAAGUACAGUGUGAUUGGCUAAGCUUGGGAAAGGAAUGUUAUCUUCAGUUGAGCAGGCGUUCGUGGGGAGGGAAGAAAAACGAACUCCCCUAAAAACGCCUGCGUGGGAGGCUAUAUUUGACUGUGCGAUCAAUGAAAAAUGUUGCAGUGUUGACGGAGGACUGGGCAUUUUCCCUCUUUUUUUGUCCCGACCCCGAGGGAUUUGACGGAGAACGGGGCGUUUUCCCUCUUUUUUCGUCCCCACCCCGAGGAAUUUGACAGCUUAAGGCCAAAAAAAUGCUUAUGCCCGGUGGUGUUGGGCACAGUUGGAAUUGACUGAUGCAUAAAAUGGCCAUUCUGAAAAAAAUAUGAAUAAAAUAUAGCUUCACUCCUACUGAUUCUACUGAAAAAAUUAGAGGGCACUGCGUGCAACUACAUGUGCUAGAAGAACUUUUUAAAAAUUUUCUAUACAUUUGCCUGUAAAAAAUUUUCUUCCUGCCGACUAAAAUUUCUUGGGAAAAAUUGCAGACAAAUGUAUGGAAAAUCUAAAGCAAGUGUCUGGACAAAUUUAAAUGCAAUCAUGGCCCCCAAAGUUUGUUAGUAGAAUCCUUUACUGUGUAGCUUAAGUUUACAAGUCAUAUAUAUUUUUUCAGAACAUCCCUUAAUAAGGGAAAUUAUUUAAUGUAAGAUUCUAAUAAUAAGUAUGUGUGAUCAAAUGGUGACGAGUGAAAUUAGGGAAUAAUUUUACGCGCAUUUUGUCCAAAUCCUUAUAAUUAUUAGGAUUUGGUCAAAACGCAAGUGAAAUUUAUUCCCUAAUUUCACGAGUAUACCAUUUGAUUACCUAUUAAUAUCAUGGGUGACGAAUUACGUUAGCAAUCGAGGAUUUUUGACUUGUUUAUCCUGGAUCGUAUUGAUCGAUCGUGAACUCCACUCUCUCAAACGUUUAGAGCUAAAAAUUUGGCUUAGGUUUUAGAAUUUUUCCACAACAUACCUCAAAGAAUACUUCUUGAUGUGCUCUUUCGUGUGUUCAGGUUUUCUAAAGCGUCUUUUUAUGCCCGGACAUCUUCAUUCAUGACAUUUCAAAACUUCCUCGCCAUCUUGAAACGGAGUCGUACGGCAGGUUGCCAUGGCAAUUUGGUAAUUUCGCAUGUGAAAUCGCGCCAAAAUUAAGGAGUAAUUCGUCACCUAUGAUAUUAUGAUAAUAAUUUCUUUAUUUACCCUUGGAAGUAUUUAUAGCACUUAUGCUAGUGGGACCAAGCAAAUUACUGAAACAAAUAAUUCAAAUCAAACAGAGCAGGGUUAAGAAUUCCAACUGGCCGGAGGCAAUGGAGCUGACUAUUUUACAAGCUUGGUCAAGGAUUUGAACUCGGGACUACCGUGAACAAAUCCAGCUAGUGGUCAGGGCGGGACUUGAACUCGGGGCCUCCAGAAUUGCAAGUCCAGUGCUCUAACUGCUUGGCCACGCUGCCUCCACUCUCCUCCAAAAUCAACAAAGCAAACUAGUUGAUUGUGGCCUGAAACAGAAUGAUCACAAGCAACGAACCCCUGAAACAAAGAAACAAACCAAAUAGAUCAAAAUCUAUACGAACACUGUUAUUUCCCACGUGGUUGCCUAUUCAUCAAGAUGGCUUCCAAAACAGUGACAAAGUCUAUACCCAGCCCGUUAAAUAUCUUACUUGAAAAGCUGCUCCUGCAGUCCCACAGUCAUGUUAUUAUGCUAGGCUGGCAGUUCCAAAGUCUGGUAGUCAACGAAUACUUAUUGUCAAAUUUGUUGUAUCACACUGCCCGUUUUUCAAAGGCAUGGUUUGUCAUUUUUGAUCUAUUUGGUAUGUUUCUCUGUUUCAAGGUUAGUUGCUUGUGAUCAUUCUGUUUCAGGUUACAAUCAACUAGUUUACUUCAUUGAUUUUUCUCAGCUUUCUUACACUCCUGUCACUUGCAAGAAUAAAGCAAUGUUUGCUUCAAAUUCCACUUAUCAUCACGACAACCAUCGUCAUUCUCAGUUUUAUUUUUGUGGGCCAAGCUGGGUGAGCAUGUACAAACAUUGUGACAUUCAUUAACCCCGCCCCCACUCAAAGGAUUGACGGAACAGAAAAACCCCAAAACACUUCGAAGUUUGCAAAACCCACAGCACGAUACAACGAGCUUGGUAGUAAAUCUAAGUAAGUAAAAUGAGUGCUACUGCAGUCUGGCACUCCCACAGUUGCUGAAUAGUAAAUAUUAAUUGGGUAUACAACUAGUGCUCCUGCAGUCGAUGUCAAGUAACUGAAGUCAGGGAUCUCAAUAUUAUUGAACCUGUAAUCUGUAACACCUGUCACGGGUGUCAGAGGUACAUGUAAGUGUUACAGCUGUCAAAGUGCUUUGACCAGUAGAUCAAAUGACUUUGUAAAGUAUUGACUGUUACAGUUGCUUUUGCAAUAGACAUUUCUUCUGGUUUAGUUGUCAAAAUGAGUACCCUAUCAGCAGACCACAGAAUGACCAAACAAUCACUAUGCCUCCCAGUGACUCAGCAACCUUGAAAUAUGGCCGCCAUAUUGAAUUUGUACAUUUGAGCCGAGGCCUCUCACAGAUGUCUUUCCAUGUGCAAAAGCAUGGUCGUUGCAAAGCAUUUCUAAGCAUCUCAAAUCAAAAUUUCCCUGGGGGAGCAUUCCAUGUGUUACGCUUAGUGGCACAGGAAUGAUAGUACACAUUUCUAUUGAGAACACUGCAAGUGUGCUUAUAGAAUGAGGUACAGUGUAUACCAGUGCUCCCUCAGUCAAUGUCAGAAUUUAUUAUGUAAAUUGGUUGACUGUGGGACUGUGGGAGCAGUUUUUGUAGCAAGAUAUUUACUGUAGCCACAUUUAUUUAUCUUUUACUGUUUUAACAAGUUUAUCAUCUUAAUUUUGCAGAAAUGGAAGUUUCAAAAUGACUUGUUUACAGGAUAAGGUGGAAUUAAAUCAAAAUGAAGUAAGUUAGAGUUGUUCUUUCAGACUGAGAUGAGUUUAUAUGUUAUUUUAUUAUUCAUUUAAAGUAUUCUUCCAUUUCUGAUUGGCUCAAAUCCCCUGGCUUAUUCUUCCUGGUGCUUAUCAUUUUGGGAGAUUUACUGUAGUACCUGUAGGCAAUAUAGAAUUAAUUUGAUGGUAAGCUGUUGCCAAAUAUAAAAUCAGGCCUUGUUCCAGGCAGCAGCACAGCAGCCUGCAUUUGUACAGUACCGCUCAAAAGUAAGUUACCUCUCGCGUCUCGUUUCCUGCGCGAUUAGAGUCGCGUCGCGCGCUACGAGAAUCGCGUAGCGCGAGAAACAUUGAAACGGCAAUUUUUGGCAUAAAUUAUUGACGACACGUCCAGCGAGAAACCAACUAAAAUUUUGCUUAGCGUUGCCUCGAUGACUGAGGAAUACGGACGUUAGAUUUGGUGUUAAGUUUCUUUCGAGAAGCUUUCUUUUAGCUUGUCAUCAGCACACUGUUUAGUUUCCAGCUUUGCUUGCGAUUGACAUUUGACACUGCACUUGAUCAUGACGUUUCGUUCGUCGAGACGUGAAAACCCCUUCUAGUAUUCUUGAUUAUUUGAAAACCGAGGUAAGAAGAACCAAAUAUACUGCAAAUCGCUAUCGAUGAGUUUCUCCACCAAAAAAAUUUGUCAGCUCUUUUGAUGUGUGUAGUUAUCGUUCACGCGUAGCGGCAACUUUCGCCGACGAGAUCUUAACAACGCUGGUAAAAAAAAUCCAACUUGGCGUACGAUCACGAAAUAAUGUUAGCUUAAUUUGUUCUUUAUAGCUUUUUUAUCUAGUCACUACUUGAUUUACAAAAGAUUAACAAAUUGCAGCGGCAACUUUUUUAUACAGUCAUUACUUGAUUUCUGAAAGAAAGUUGCCUUGAAUUUAACAAAUUACAGCGGCCAAAUAAGACAACAGUUGCUGAACAGCAUUUUUUCGCCUGACAGCACAUCACAAAUUUGCAUAGUGUCAAAAACAUGUGUAAUCUCAAACCUACUUCUCAGGUACUGUAUUUGCAUACUAUGAAAAGAUACGCCUUUCGGCGCUUCGAUAAACUCAUGCGCUGGCUUAAACUUUAAAGCAGCUCCACGAACUGAUAGGUUUUUAAAUAUCCAACGUAGAUUUUUUCCAGUAGAGUUCGAUAGCACAUCCGCUUGUCCAAAUGAAGCCAAAAGCUAUGACAGCGCUUUUGGAAGCGCGUUGCCGAUUGUUCCACGAUUCAUUUCAGUUUGUAAUGUUUAACAAAACCUGCAGGCAGUUACAAGCAAAGCUAUCAUCUCAAGGUGUUUUAAAGCAACUAGUUUUCAGUGUGGUACAGUGGAUAUAAAGCGACUUUAUUAAAAGCAUGUUUUACAUAAAUACGGAAAUACCGAUUCUUCACAAAGCAAUUAUACGCAGCAGUCUACAGGCGGGUCUACAGGUCGCAGAGGUAGACAUUUGUUCGCGUGUUAGUCACGGUAAACUUUUACCAUUGAUUCGUUAAAUCGCUCAAGAAUUUUGGCCAUGAUACUUACAGUUUUUAGACCAUCGCGCGCUACGAGAAUCGCGUCCUGCGCCACAGGAAUCGCACACAACCGCCCUGUUUUGACAUGAGUGAAUGGUGGAUAAAUGGAAUGGUGAGUUCAUGGCUACUGUAUUAGAGGACGAAAUAGCCAAAUCAAUGUAGAAUAAACUGAAUGGAAAUGCAAAAAAUAUUGCAAGAUACAAUUUAAAUGGCAUCUACUUUUUGAAUUGUCACAUUGUUGGCAAGGAACUUAAAUGUCUGUCCAUUUUAUAUGUAAUAAACAUUUAUCAUAGUGAUUCGAUUGAGUGCCUUGGGCACUUAUUUACUUUUGGUAUCUCAAGAGAGGGUGCUUAUUCGAGACAGGGCGCUUAUUCGGGACAGAGCGCAUAUUUCUUUUUGAGAAACAACAGAAUGUUCCAAACUAAAAAGAAGCACUAACAGAAACUGAAACAGUAACAGAUAUACGGUGAAUGUUUAGUUAACGUGAGGGAAUUUUAAUCUAUUUCUACGGGGAUAGCUUUGACAGUGUCACUUACAUCAAUUCUGCAAAUAAAAGCUCUCUGGUGCAGUAUCGUCGACGUCCAAUUCGUUGACAGUGUAUAAAGGGGGUUGUGCGCGAUGACAUAAGGCUUUAGGAGCUUGCUCUGGGCCUGCUGGGAGAGAUCGGAGAAACGUGUUGUGUUCUUGUUAGCAAGCGUUAUGAGUACGAACUUUCUGAGUCUACGGAAUCUGCAAAAUCCUCUGUAAUCUUAGGGAAAUUAGAGUGUUGUAACCUAAGAAGCCUCAGACCUGGAAUAAAAUACAGUUCAGUUCAAAUUCGUCUACAGGGGUCGGUAGGCAACACACGACUUUUUGCUGCUUGUUUGAAUAAAUUUUUAGAAUGGCACUUAUUAGAAUGGGGGCGAUUAUUGGAAUGGGGGCACUUAUUGGAAUAGGGGCUCUUAUUCGAAAGGGGGCGCUUAGUAAUGGUAACAGGACUGAGUGGAGUCCAAUUCGGUCUGUAAUAAUACGAGUGGUUAACAAAAUCGGACGACCGCGUAGCGGGAGUCCGAUUUGUUUAAUCACGAGUAUGAUUACAGACCGAAUUGGACGACACGAAGUUCUGUUACCAAUUAAUCAUAACUUUAACAAAAUUUGUGAUAUAAUAGGCUAUUUUUUAAUUCAAAACACAAGAAAUUCGAAAUUUUGCGCGUGCUGUCCAAUUACUUAGGCAUGACGCGUACUGUCCUAUUAAACUGUCCAAUUAAGGCUGAAAUCAGGGCAGUUGAUAGCCAAUCAGAUUUGACAAUUUUGCUAUAGUUAUGAUUAUUGGAAGAAGGGGGCUAAAUCAAAACAUUACGGUAUUUGAAUUUGACUUUUGUAUAAAUAUAUGCAGAAUUACACAGUUCUUGCCAGAGGCUGUUUAAAUUAAUGUCCACACUCCUCAACAGAUCUUUCCUUUCCCUGGAACACUAGGUGCACUAGGUUCCUCGAAGGUUUGUGGAGGUAUACAAAGAAGGCAAAAUACCACUGUAUAAAAUAAUGCUACUUUAAUUAGAUCAGACUGGUAUCAAGCCAUUACAUGCUCAGGGCUCGAAGUUAUCUUUUUAGUACACUUGCAAAGUUUUGCUGGUAAGAGUUUUUUCCGCUAGGAAACUGGUGAGACCACAAGCAAAUUAUUUCCCUUUGUUUGGGAGACAUGGAUAAUUCUAACUCGCAAUCGUUUGCUAGUGGAUAUUUUUCUUACUCGCAGAUUAUCAAAAUCACUAGCAUUUUGCGAGUUUGCGAGCGUUAAUUUCGAGCCCUGAUGCUCAGCACUGUUUUUGACUUGCUUUCCCCUGGACGACAAUUAUUUAGGAGUAGCUUGCUCAAAUCAUGUGGCAUUGUUAACGGCUAAACAGGUAUAUGCAAAGUUCUGAAAAGGUUCAUGUUUCCACGUCCUAGCUCCAGACAAGUGAGUUCCAUUUAUCAAUGUGUGUUGCGCCUGGUGGUUAAAAGGGCGUCAUUAAACCCGGCGAGCCAUAAGUCACCAGCAUUUCUUAAAGAAACUUACAAGUAGAGAGUUUUGAAAGAAAACUGGUGAAGACAAUCCGGGAGAAGAAGUGAUCCAGACAGUUAAGACUUGGGACACUGCUACUAAAAACUGCAUGAAGAUGACUUGUGUCCCAUUUGCCAAGUGCUUUCAAGAGUGAAAUUUGGGAUUGUAGCAUUGACUUGAGGUUGUGCAGUGUAUUUUUGGAAUGAUUAGUUUGGUCUUUUGCACUUGGUGGCAUUUUGGGUCACUUAAGUUACAACCUCUGAGAACAUACAUAAAGCAAUGUCUUUGUAUGUAUGUUGUCAGAGGCACCAACUUCAAACGACUGAAAAUGCCACCAAAAAGGCUGCAAAAGACCACACUGAAAGCAAACUUUCCUUAUUGUAGUGUCGUUACCAUAUAUAUGGAGUUGUUACCCAUAUGGGAUUGUAUUGUGUAGACUAGGAUUCCCGGAUGUGCGAGCAGGAGGUUGUCAGAUCGGUGUAGUAACCAUAGCCUGCAUAACAGGCGCUUUAUGAGCCAAGCGAGGCGAACGCGGCAUUUCGCGAAGCGCGACACGCGCGAGACGAGGGGAGGCGAAAAAAAGCGCCUGUUACCAGUCCAUUGUUCUGGCUCUUCCCACGUUCACUUCACUUCAUGGAUAUGUUCACUUCAUGGAUAUGUUCCAAUUAGCAAAUUGAUGACACGUGAUCCUCGCGAGAAUAUGGUAUGUUUGUCUGGAAUGGCGCUCACACGGUCAAGUUCAGGUUCAAGUUCAAGAUAAAGCAAAAGAAAUGUUCAAAUUUAUUGCUAAAGAGGAAGGAUGUUCUUAGAUUGCUUCCAGCUGGGUUUGGAAAAAGCCUUAUUUACCAACUUUUUCCUACCGUUUCGAGACAAUGAAUGGCGCCCGCGCCCACGCGCUUGUUGAUAGUGCUUUAAAAGCGAUUUCUGAUGUGAAAAUUGAAGAACUUAACGGUUUGGGAAUAUGUGUUUAGCAAGUUCUUCUGCUUAGCAUAACUUGCGCAGUCCGUGGCGAUUUUCCUCUUAAAAACCUCGCGAGCAUAUGGAGAGUUUAUUAUGGCAAACAACACACACUUGAAAUUGUACUCUGCUGCUCGCUUAACAACAGUCGCUCACUUUCAUACUCGUUCACUUUCAUACUCCUCGGACAUACCACAAAAAUCUUGGAAGUAAAAAACAACAGGAACAAAUAAGCAAUAAAACUCAGCAAUUACUGAAACAAUUAUUAGUCCUCUGUCCUCGAGAUCACAUUGAUACCAAAUGUAAACAACAAGAUAAAACAAAGCUUUUGGCUUGUGUUGUCACUAUUAUCUUCGUUAUUGUUUGUGUCUCUUCGACUGGAACAUGCAUUAAACCUUGGAUUUCCUCUUGUACGUAAUCCAUCAAUUCGAUUAGUGCCUGGUCUACUUUCGUUGACUGGUAAGUUUUCUUUUCCCAGCGAGAACUUCUUCCUCUCUUUUCCCUGGGUGUUUUAAAACACGAGAUGAACCAUCCACGGAAACGCUUGGCCCGACGCUUGGAGAGCUCUUUGCUUGUCUUUUCAUGCACGGAUCCCUUGACAAUGAAUUCGGCCUCGCCUGGCUUCUUGUUUUAUUUCGCUAGCUUCCUUGUUUUUAUUUCGGACAACCUAUUAAUACAAGCUGGACAAUUCGCCUUGUACACUUCGGACACGAUCUACUGGACGGGCUUGAAUCGUUUUGAAUAUAAAUACCGUGAUCAAAGAGCAGCUCUGACAACUGAACGCCCUCACAUUUUUUGCCUUUGAGUAACAGAAAAAAUUGGGAUAGAGCUCGCAGAAUAAGCAAAAGGUUUGCUACAAAAUCUACACGACUCUGGUGGGAGUUCGCGAAGACAUCGCCGAAACUCCUCAGCAUUUAUACAAUACAGACGAUAACGCUAGGAAGGUGACAAUUUUCGCGCGAAUAAUGGAUCGUACUUUGAUUGGUCCUUUUGACAUCACCGCCGUCAAUCAAUAUUUGUGGGCGAAGGUGGGCGGGAGAGCCAGAACAAUGGGCUGGUAACAGGCGCUUUAUUUUUUCUCUUCCCCUCGUCUCGCGCGUGUCGAGCGUCGCGCGAAAUGUGUCGUUCGCCUUGUUUGGCUCAUAAAGCGCCUGUUAUGCAGGCUAUAGUAAACAUGGAGAAUAAAUGUCGGUUGUCUUUUACUCCGGACUCCUUGAUACAAAGCACCUUUACAUUGGCUACGAGGAUUCCCGGACCAAACAAGUGGAUGGUUCUAUACGAUAGUCAAACCGAAGAACACGUGAAACAUGGCCGCAGCGCUACCUACGUUCCCAGAGUUUGACGUAACUGACACUAGCACACAAGCUGCUAGUUGGAAGAAAUGGCUUUCGAGAUUCCGCAAUCUACUCGUCGCAACGAACGUCACAGACAAGAAAAGGUAGCGAGCAUUAUUCCUCCAUUCUGUCGGCGAAGCCACGAACGAAACUUUUGACACGUUACCUGACGGUGACAAAUGAGUCACGAAUUACGAAUAGGUUUUCAGUGUAAGGGCUCGUGUAAGGGCCCUUACAACCUUACAAGGUGACGCUCACCCAUAAAAGGAGCCUGGGCCCAAGUAUUCGGAGAGAGUUAGAGUUGAUCAGGGGGGGCUGGCAACGGCCUUUGAUCCUGCCGCUUUUCUACUUUCCAUGAUCGCCCCAGUUAAGAAAUCUGUCAAUCAUUCGAGAACUGUAGCAAGCAUGCGCGAACCGGGUUAGGAACAACAACAACAUCAAGAAGUUCGUCUUCGCAGCGAUUCGACAGUGCGAAGUGAAUUUGUUUUUGGUCCUGUUGGUCACUGCUUUCUUUGCUGUAACCGAUUUUUUUGGCAGCAAUGUGCUUACGUUUUCCUUUCUUCUGGUCUUGCGUUUGUCAUUACAUGCGGUUUACUACGCUAAGAACGAGACUAGUGAACGGUCAUUGUACAUGUUCCUCGAUGCCCGACCUUUUGGCUCACUACAGGCUUUCAAGCUGCAUGUGUUUCUGUUUAGAAGACCCACAAGACUAGAACAGGGGGCCAACCCUCCAAUGCGUAUGUAGGAGAGUUUAUAUUUUCAAGUGAAAGGCCGAAAAUUAAUCCUUCGUGAUAUUAAAAAAAGCGCGGUGGCCGUGGUCAAGUAGAAGAGUUGUCAGAGUUGUUUACGGUUUUAUUACACCUUUAAGAAAUGAUGUUUGAGAUUCUUAAUUCCUCAUCCUUGAUUGUGAACUUAUCCUGGCAGAGUUGCGUUGGAUGAUUGAGAGUCAUGGUCAAAUCUCGUAGUUCAUGCAUUUUGUUAUGUACUAGAAGCUAAAUAAAUUUUGCCAAGAGAUCAUUCGCUCUUGAUAUGCUUAUGUUCUUAUCUUCGUGUGAUUUAAUUUAAACUUUACCAUAGUUUCUAAGAAAUGAAUAUAGGCAAAUGAAAGGGUAAUUGUUUCGUGUGUUUGGAAUUCUCUUUUCGUGACAGCAGUUACUACACUGCCUUCAGUUUGAGUCCUCAUUCAAUUGUGUUUUGUUUUGUUGCAAACAAAGAGGGAGAAAUUAUAAAUAUUUUAUUCCAAAAACUACACUACCCACUGGAACAAGAGUAUGGUUUAAAAAAGAUUAGCUAAGGUCAGAAAAUAAAUGCUCAAGUUUGCAUGUUUUGACAAGGACUACAUCUGGCUAAAUAUGCUUCAAAGGCAGGGAAUUUAUAAAAUUAAAAAAAUGAUGACAUUUCUAUUUUUGCUUUUCCUUUGGCCACUGUGAUCAGUUUUUGCCAUAUAGUUGCAUGUAAUGGUUUACACCUUUGGACAUCAACCUGCCAGGUUAGUUUGUGUCUGUGUUAAAAUGUAGUUUACUGUUAAUGAAAUCAAAGUAAACCCUCUCAACUUAAAAAUUGCCUUGUACUAGUGGAUAUUGAAAACACCAUAGGAUGCCUUGGAAAAAAAAUGUAAAAUGAUUAUUAAGAUAAUAUUAUUUGCAGUCAACAAUAGCAGUUAGAAACUUGUUUUGGGGCUGGCAAAAAUAUUUUUCAGAGACCAUAAACCUUCACUGACGUUGCUGUUACAGCAAGCGGUAAAAGGGAAUUAAAUAUGAGAUCACCUCCCUGGGCUUACACUGAAAGAGAGUAUGGGUAGUAGGACACAUUGUGCAUUUCCCUACCCUUUUUAAGCCAAGAGACCUUAUUUUAUAAUCCUGAUUCAUUUCCUUUUUAAUUAGCAUACAGAAGUAAGGUAGCUUUUAAACUUUGAAACAUGGCAAAACUUGGGGGGAAAAUGGUGGUACCAAUAUACUGUACUCUAUAGACCACAGUGAGUUCUUCUUCAACCUUCACAACCCAAACAGACACCUUGUUCAAAACUCUAAAGGGUGAAAUGGUCACCACCCUAAAUCAGCAGCACAUACCCAUCAAGGCCAAAUAAGCCAAGGCUAGUAUCGUAGAAAGAACUGCUGAGAGGAUUGGGUUCAAGCCCGACAAUAACUUCUUUUGGUGGUUGAUAAAAAAUCAGUUUUACCUUGUAUAAUUUAGUUGUAAAUCAGAUUCAUAACUUACACAAACAAUAAACUUAAGUUGUAUAUUUUUCAAGCCUCUUCUGAUUCUCCUUAUAAACUUUGCAAAACAUUCAGUUUUUUUCUGUUUCUUGUACUUCGGUCCUUUGAGGGAUUUUCUCAACACAUACUCUUUCCUGAUGUACUCACCCUUACUAGCAACUGAAUUAGCCUCUUGUUCUUACACUAAACCACUAUAAUCAUUUCAAGUAUAAUUCAUAACUAAAGGGUAAUUUUUGUACCAACAAUUUCAAGGAAAUACUUGAAACCGAAGUCACUAUCUAAUACAAAACUACUAAAUACAGUAUUGCUUUUGGAAAGUUAUUGAUUAUCACUCCAAUAACAUUCCAGUGAAGGUUUUGAAGGUUCAUUAAACCCCUCCCAGCCUUCUGAUAUUAAAAAUAGCUUACAUGUGAAGCAAAGUGAUUGGAACAUUUACCCUGGUUUUUAUUAAAUUGGCCCUGUAUUCUGUAUUUACGCCUAUAAACAUUUGUUGUGCCUCCCGGUGUACAAACAAACUUAUGAACAGUGAAGUAGAAAAUCAGUGGUUUAAUGAACAUUCACGUAGGAUUGUUGCAAGACUCAUACCUAUAUAUCGUGCUCGUAGCAUAUGUUUAAGAUAAGGAAGAGAGUCUUAAUACCACUAUAAGGGGAAAAAUAUAAGAGAUGGAGCAAGAUGGUCGCUCGAAAAUUCACAAAGCUUUAAUAAUAAUAACUGAACUUGCCGAGAUCACGAAUCACGAUAAGUGAAGUCACCCAUGAACUGUUCAUAGAUCACGCCUUCUGACGUCCAAAAGGUCCAUUAAAAAAGUUCAUAGAAACCUUGUCUUGAUAUUUGUACGCGGGAAAACUUAAAACCGAGCAAAAACUCAUCGUCCUUUCUGCAUUCUCCGCCAUAUUUGUUUUCAAGGAAAAUUUGUACUCAGUCUCACUAGGCCGAAUUACUUAACUGGGGCGAUCAUGUAAACUUGGUUCCAGACCUCGCUGCCAGCUCCCCCUAGAGCUGAUGAUAAAAUUCCGCCAAAACAACAUUGAACGAUGUAAGAAUGGAAUCAUGGAAUGGUGGAAUGGCGGAAUGGUGGAAUAUAACCCCAAAUCCUUAAAGACGGAAUAUAAAGUACUGGUGUAUAUAUAAAGUUCGAUAAAAAAAUCUGUAAAAAAAGUAAAUGUCGUUGUAACAGGUUAAACAUGUGAGUGUUGAGUUCCUGUCUCUUUCCGUUAAAGCGAGUAAUCCCGGGAGUGGGAACUCCCUUAUAUAAGCUAUAUAUUUAUAGGUAUGUGCCCCCCCCGCUUCGGGUAGGGUUUUUGCGCCUUUUGAUCUGAAAACGGUUACAGAUUUUGCUUAUUUUUGUCUGGGAUCGGGUAUGGUUUUCGAGGGAGCUACGGGAGUGUAUGAACGUAUUUAUCGUUUCAAUUCCAAAUGUGAAAGAAAGACGGAGAAAUAUGCGAAUUCUAAAUGGAUUUGAAUAAUUUUUUUGUUUGCGCUCUAGUCUAAGUAAUGAUGACAUAAUUUCUGCCUACAGGCCAGGUCUGAAAACAGGUGUGGAUUUUAGAGGUCUGGUCUAAAAACGGGUGUGGAAAAUGACAUUUUUGGCCCCCACCAAGGAUUCCCAGGAGUACCCACCCCGGGGGAGUAAGUUGCUUUCUGUCACACAACAUGUCUAGUGACUGCCUUUUCCUAACUCCGUUUUUUUUUGUAUGUUUUUUUUUUUGUAAAAAAAUCCAACAUUUUCCUUUUUAAAAGUUCAAUAUUUAGGUCCCUAUGUAGUCUGUGAUCAUGCCCCCCUCCCUUUAUCUCUGUAAUCUGUUCUGAAGCAGAGAAGCAGAAAAAAAAAUAAAUAGAUAACGCCUGAUGUCAGGUUAGUCCCUGUGUAACUGUAUUGAAAUCCGACAACGUACGUGACAGUCGUGAAGGUCUGUUUUUUCCAUACGAAACUGAAGGUGGUCUGUUGACCUCUUUAACAUCUGGUCUCGGAUCUGGACAAAUGUCUCAAAUUUCAAUUUGCGUUAGCAAUCAUAAAAGUGGUGAAAUAGUCACAUUUAUUUGAACUUGAAGUAAAAAAAUGGGGUACAACUCGUAGUCUAGAGGUAAAUAUGUUUCAAUUGUUUAAAUAGCCUGGAGUACUUGAUCGAUAAAAAUUGGUAUCCAUUUAUCAAUCGAUAAAUCGAUAAAAAUCGGUAAAUCUGAUUUGAUUGAUACCGAUUGUAUCGAUCAAUCGGUGGAAGUCGAUGACACACUCGCUUCGUUUAUCGAUUUAUCUAGAUUUUACCGAUUCUAUCGAUUUUUAUCGGAAGAUACAUCUGUUCUUCUGUUCAUCCAAAGAUGAAAACUGAUUUCAUAUUGAGAGUCGAAGGAUUAAACAAUUUACUAUCACUUUUUUAAAGAAAAGUUUAAAAAAACCUUAUCUCUUUUAUUAAAAACCCGCUUUAAAGUCUUCUUCGGAUGGCCAACAUUGGCCAGGUUUUUCAUUUUUCCAGUUUUUCACGAUUAAGAUUUGCCGCUCUUUCAAAAUAACGUGUAGUUACUUCCAGGCGAAGCCAAUAGAUAAAAAUCGAAAUCGAUAAAAUUCGUUAGCGAUCAAGUGAUUUUAUCGAUUGUUAACGGAAAACGGUGAAAAGCUAUCCAGAGAAAUCUUUUAGUCUGAAUUUUGGGCAUCUCUUCGACUCUAGAGGAUGUCUGCGCGAAAUUCUGGCUGGGAAAUCAUUUGUCUAUAGUUGUAUUUCUCGUGGUACUUGCCUGCGAGAACUAUGAAUGUAAUAAAACUGAACCGUUUCUGUUAUUAUGUACAAAAGGGUCGCGGUUUUUAGAGAGAAUCUUGUGUCUGUAAUAGUUUCCACAUUUCUUCUUUUCAUGUUUGUUGAUCAGUUGUUACUCGUGGAUGUGUUUUCUCAGCUGUACUAUUUAACUGAUGCCAAUAAAAACAAAACAACAAUGUCGGACUUACCGUUAUAAAUCGUUAAAAUCGUGAAAAAUCGAUAAUAUCGAUUUGACACAGCAAUUUGGUUUAUCGAUUUUCACCGAUUUCCGUUAUCAAUAGAUAAAAAUCGCUUGAUUGCUAUCGAUUUUUAUCGAUACCGAUUUUUAUCGAUUGACUACUCCGGGUAGACGAGUUUUUUCCCUUCAAAUGGGCAUCAGACCAACAAAAUUAUUCUGGCAAGUUCAUAUCUCGUAAUUUUCAAACAUUUGGAUUUUUUUUUUUAGUAAAAUUCCAAAACGUUCAGUCAAUACCAAACUUUAAACAGUUCAGUCUUUGUUUUUUCGCCUUUUACUGCAAGUGGCGACCACCCUUCAAACAAGGUGAAACACUGAUAUUUUUAGGUGUUCCGCCUUCUGCGAUUUUUUAGCGAUUCCAUGGAAAGUUACUACACAUCUAUUUCAUAAGCUAGGUUUUAUGUAUCCCAUUAUUAUUAUUUUUUAAAUUCUAUGUUGUUUGUCAUUUUUAUUUUAGUUUUCAAAAUUAAGGGAGACAUUUCGUCUUUUAGCAUUUGGGGCCAUUUUCCACCUUUCCGCCAUUCCGUGUUAUGGGCAUUCCAUCAUUUCAUGCUGUAGGGUCGCCACCAAAAAUGCAUGAUUCUGUAAAAAGACUGACGGCGGACGGCGAAUGGGGGACGGGAGAAAAUAAUAAAUAAAUACUUUUAUAAGGGAGGUAUAUAAGAUUAAAAAUCGAUGUCGGUUCCAACUUGUAGUCUAUCGCCUAUAAAGGAGAAAAGAUCUGUAGUUUCUAUCGUUACAGUUUCCGAAGUUAUUUUGUAGUAAGGUUUGUGCUUAUGUCCCAGAGAAUGUACAAGAGAAACUACGCUGAUGUAUUGUAUUUGGCCGGCUGGUACCUCAGUAUGUUAAAUUUUGCGAUAUCCAUGAUUUUUUUGUUUGCUACAGCGAUGUCCACUGCCUUAGAUAUCUUCCGGUUCAACUGACUCCGAUAACAAGAAUACAGACAAAACUUUGAAACUAGUUGGAAGAGCCGGCUCGGCUUCUCCGCCUAGAUUCAAGCCUUUCGAAGAGGGGUGAGAGAAGAGAGCUAACAAAGAUAGAGUUAGCUGAACUUUAAAAGAUUAUUUAGGUCUCAACGUUCAAGGUGUAUACAUUUGUUUCUGAAGUUAUUUGUUUAUUUUUUCAUUAAUAAUUUAAUUUCAAAGAUCAAGCCAUGAUGAAAGAGAAAUAGCGGUUUCCGGGGCCUCUCGCGACACUCGUCGGCAUCACACUUCGAGAACUUUUUAGGGUGGCCUGAACCUUAGUUUAUAUGCGUGUUGGUUACGUUUUUGAAUCGCGUUUUUCGGCAGUAACGGCUGAACCGAUUUCUAUGAUUUCUGGCUUCCUUAAUAAAGAAUAGUUAAACUUUAAGAAAAGUAUGGGGUAUGUAUGGGGGAUGCCUUCUCUGUCCUCUUUAUCCUCUUUUGCUUUUAUCUAAGUGAUCUACCCAAACUGCUGAGUUCUACUGCGAGUUCAGAGGACAUAACUCAAGGAGAAAAAUCUAUAAAUUACCGCUUACCAAGAGAAAAUGAUCUAUUCUCUCUUGCUCUUACAUUCUGGAUGACGACCCACAAUGAGAUGUUUUCUAGAUCAGCAAAAGUCCGGCAAAAAAUUUUGAGUAAACUGGAAUCAUUCUGUGACUUUGCUGAUUUAGAUGCCAACUUGGAUAAAACAAAAGUUAUCGCAUUUUUAAUAACUGUAGCACUCAAAUUCUUAAACAGCUAUUCAUAUUAACAUAUGGCGCAAAUAAAUUAGAAAACUUCAAAUCAUACAAAUACCUCGGACAAAUAUUGAGCCAAUACGGAAAUGUUAAUCUCGCUAGCCAGGAGCAGGAAAAAAUUGCAAUCAAUGCUCUGUAUAAGUUGCGAAAAGAGAUGGGAGACCACUAUACAGAAAACUAUAUUACAAAUGUAAAUUAACGAUAAAGUUAUAAGUUGACACACUUGUAUCCCCGAAACUUUUCUAUGGAAGCGAAAUAUGGGGCAUUGACUGCGACGAAAAAAUAGAUAAGGAUCCCGCAAAACUAGUACAGAACAAAUUCUUAAAAUGGCUACCGGGUGUAAAUACAUACUGUAAUAAUGUGUGCAGGGUGGAGACGAGAAGGUUCCUAAUGAAAAUUGACGCGCAGUGUAGGAAGUUAAAGUUCUGGCUAUCUCUGAUAAAGAAAGAAAAUAAAUUAUCGCAAAUAACAAACGAUGAUAUAAAAUGGAAUGAAAAUAAAGCUUUCUGGAGCAAAAAAAAAAUCAGAAGCACAUUAAGACAGAUCUGAUAUAUACGACUAGGAGAAGUUUGGAUAAAAGCACAUUAGACUCAACAUUAAUCGUAGGCAUAACAAGGCAAAGGUUUAAUUAAGGAUAUAGAAUUACAACAAUGGAUGAGUGAAAUGAAUAACGACAUACUUAGAAGAGAUGCUGACCAUAAUAACAAAAUGAGCCGCCAAAGAAUAAGGUUAACAAAAAAUUGCGAUUUUUAUAAGCAACCACAAACUUGCCAUAGAAACACGAAACGGGGCUAUACUUAAGACCUUAAGGUGAUGUUACACGAGCCGAUUCGCAACGACGAUUUUUAGCACAACGCAGCAUUGCAAUAUUGCUGCGACAUUAUUUCGAAUUGUUACAACAUUCUCCAACAUUGCAACGCAAUUUUUCAGUGCUAACAUCUUUCACAACCACCGUCCUAUCUCAACAGUCUGAAAGGAUAUAAGGUUUGCUGGGCUGUAAGGUAUGCUAGGCUGUAAGGGCUGUAAGGGCUGUAAGGGUGUAAGGGCUGUAAGGGUGUUAGGGCUGUAAGGCUGUAACGGCUGUAAGGGCUGUAAGGGCUGUAAGGGCUGUAAGGGUGUAAGGGCUGUAAGGGCUGUAAGGGCUGUAAGGGUGUUAGGGCUGUAAGGCUGUAACGGCUGUAACGGCUGUAAGGGCUGUAAGGGUGUAAGGGCUGUAAGGGCGUAAGGGCUGUAAGGGUGUAAGGGCUGUAAGGGCUGUAAGGGUGUAAGGGCUGUAAGGGUGUUAGGGCUGUAAGGUUGUAAGGGUGUAAGGGCUGUAAGGGCGUAAGGGCUGUAAGGGCUGUAAGGGCUGUAAGGGUGUAAGGGCUGUAAGGGUGUUAGGGCUGUAAGGUUGUAAGGGUGUAAGGGCUGUAAGGGCGUUAGGGCUGUAAGGGCUGUAAGGGCGUAAGGGCUGUAAGGGCGUAAGGGCUGUAAGGGCUGUAAGGGUGUAAGGGCUGUAAGGGUGUUAGGGCUGUAAGGGUGUUAGGGCUGUAAGGGCUGUAAGGUUGUAAGGGUGUAAGGGCUGUAAGGGCGUUAGGGCUGUAAGGGCUGUAAGGGCGUAAGGGCUGUAAGGGUGUAAGGGCUGUAAGGGUGUAAGGGCUGUAAGGGCUGUAAGGGUGUAAGGGCUGUAAGGGUGUUAGGGCUGUAAGGGCUGUAAGGGCUGUAAGGGCUGUAAGGGCUGUAAGGGCAUUAGGCUAUCCUUUCAACUCCAGCCUAUCAAAAUUGCUUAAAAGAGCCACUAUUAAAUAGAGAAAAUUGUUUUUGGUAGGCCAGGUAAUAGGUGCCUUAUGGGCAACAUAAGCGAUUUGCAUUUUGGUAGCAAAGCAAGCGCGGGGAAAAAAAAAAAAAACGAUUGACGCCAGAAAACGUGUUUUUUGCUCUUGCAAAUAAAUUGCACUAUGGGUGUUUUGCCUUUGGCGCAAACUGUCCUGUCCACCCAUGUUCGCUAAUAAACCACCUGCCGGAACCAAUGUCAUAAAGACAUUAUUAUGCAAAAAACAAAAAAAAAAUGCUGUUGCCAUGACAACAGGCAAGAGCCUUGAAAAAGCCUGGGUUCCCCCUACAAAGGGGUUCCAUUCACCAUUUUGUUUUGAUCGUUGUUACGUUGAUAAAAAAAAAAAAAGAGUUAAGCGUCUCAUUAUACCAUGCAUUAUAAUCUGAAACUGCUGUAAGGGUGUAAGGGCCCUUACACGAACCCUUACACUGAAAACCUAUUCGUAAUUCAUGACUGGUAUAGACGGUGAAGAUACGUUCGAGAAAGCCGUACAAGCCCUGACAAAUUAGUUCACUCCCAGAGAGAACCGUGGGUACGAGAUUUAUGUUUUCCGUUAGGCUAAGCAAGAGCCAAACUAGAACAUUUCAGCUUUCCCCACGAGGCUAUGGCAACUAGCAGUAACCUGUGAGUUUGCCGACGUCGACCGCGAGAUCAUGACAGAUUGUUCAAAGUUGUAGUUCCCACAAGCUUCGCACAAAAGCGCCCGAGAACCCGUCGUACACUCUGACGCAACUGUUAGAUGCCGAAAGAGCCAUGGAGCUGUCACAAAAACAAGCCACUAACUUAGAAAAGAGUCAAACCGUAAACAAGUUGUCCUCACACGGUGGCUAUCGAAAUCAACGGAAUUGGAACGCCAAAGCAGGUACAAAAAAAGAUGGCGGACGCGUUACUGACAAGAAGUCACGCAACCGGAAGUCAGGCGGCGAUGGUCACGAGAUCUGGAAAUCAUGUGAUAAGUGCCGAAAUUGUGGUGGAGACUACCCCCAUCCCGGUAGGAAAAACGUCCUGUCCCGCUUAUCAAGGCACUUGCCAGGGCUGUGGCAAGUUAAACCACUUUGAAGCAGUAUGCAGAUCCAAAGGAAAGGGGAAUAGCCGAAACAAACGCCGUUCGACAGUGAACAAAGUGAGCGAGGACGAACCAAGUGACGAAGGUGAAGUAUACACGUUCUCUCUGAUCACGAAGACCCUGAAGGAUCAGCCCCUCUUCAAGAUCAAGGUACAUGACAUGCCAGUAACGAUUAUGGCUGACUCUGGAGCGAGCAUAAAUAUUCUGGAUGAACAGGUAUACCGCAAGUUACCCAACUGUCCCAAGCUUGAACCAAGUAGUGUGUAAAUUUACAGCUACCAGUCAAAUGUUCCCCUUGGCAGCCUGGGAAAAUUGAGUACCACGCUUGCGUCGGAGACGAAGAAGCCGCACGCCAAGUUCUAUGUGGUGAAGUGACUACAAACAACGCAACCAAGAACUAUAUCGGACUGACAGAAGGGACGUUUAAACAAAGAUUUUCACAACACAAAGCGACAUUUAAACACAGGAAAUACACGAACAGCACCGAACUCUCCAAAUACAUCUGGAAACUACGUGAUAAUAAUCAAGACUUCAACAUCAAAUGGACUAUAAUCAGCCGUGCAAGACCCUACAACAACAUUUCUAAACGAUGCGACCUAUGCUUAACAGAGAAACUAAUGAUCAUUACUGCAAACCCCGACAGAAUCCUAAAUAAAAGAUCAGAACUGAUUUCCAAGUGCCGCCACGAAAACAAGUUUUACCUUAGGAACAAUUGACUCAAUAACAACACUCUAUUAGUUUUUCCUCACACCUAAUUGUAAUUAGAACCGCACUGCCCUGCUUUUUGCAAUCAAUAGACGUGUAUAUAUAUAACUUGAUAGGUUUAUUCCCCAUUAAAUACUGUCUGAUGAGUGCGUGAGCACGAAACUCGGAGUAACAGAGAAUUUUGUCUCUUCGUUAUAUCUUCUUAUUGUCCUAUUUAUAAUUAUUUUCUAAAACUGUUUUUCUUUCAAUUGGUGUUAGGUUUUUCCUGAUAACUUCAUGCGCCGUGAAGUGCAAGCUUUUGUUGUCAACUGCACAUUUAAGGAUGAAGGAUGCCAGUGGAAAGGGGAAGUCAGAAACUUGGAGGUGAUUUACCGUAAAAUUUGCGAAAAUAGGGACCUUUAGCAUCAGGUUUUUCGUGGGAAACGGCAAACCGCAAACCGCAAAAUGUCACGUGAUCACGGCCUUGCGGUCACGUUUGCAGUUUGCAGUUCACGUUUGAACCGCAGGAAGGGCUUCCAGCGGUAAGUGAUUUACGGCAAGGUUUUUUGCUAGAAAAAAUUGUACAGCCUCGCGUUUAAAGGUAUGAACUAGCUUUUUGUAUCCGUUUGCGAUGUGUUUGUUGGAUUUUUGAUCUCGAAUCAAUGAAUUAUUGCUGAUUUUUGGGCGAUUAAAGUGAUGCACUUCGACUUGAUGAAAACAACAUGGCGGCCCUAAACAAUGAACGCGUAGUUCAAAUCAAUUUUAUAUUCGUUUCUGCCGUACUAACAAUGGAAAGUAUUCUGUUCCAGUCCAGAGUUAGAUUUUUUUUUCUUUCUUGUUACUAAAUUCAUAACUUAACUCAGUCUCUGUUUGGUUCCUAUUUUUAACGUAUCACUCCGCGAAUAUCAUUUUAUUUUGCUUAUUUCUUUUAGACUGGGGAGCUCAGGCUUCAUAAAGCCUUCUGGUUUCUUCUGGGCUCCCUUGCAACCUUACAAUUCCUACAUGUAUUCUUGUAUUGUAUUGUAUUUUGGCUAAAUAAAAGUGAACUGAACUGAACUGAACAAAUCGAACUGAACGCCUUGCUAAAGUUUGAAAUCUCGGCAACGCGAAACUACAAACGCGUAACUGCGGUUUGAGGUUUGCGGUUUACCUGAUGCUAAAGGUCUCUAAUGUCAAAAAGGGGAAGCAUCAGUGGUACUUGUUCUGUACAGAGAAAAGAAAACAGAGAACAAAAGUAGUAGCUAAUUUCAUGUGUGUGGUAGUUCAAUUACAGUAACCGUUUUCCUUUUUUCAACAGGCCCACACCAACAGCUGUGAGUUUGUCAGACUUCCCUGUGUACAUCCUGAGUGUGGCAUGUUGGUGAAAAAAGCUGAUCUUCCUCAGCACCUGGAAACAGAAUGCAAGUGUAGACCUGAAACUUGUGGAUUCUGUAAAAAACAAAUCAGCUCGAACAAGUUAAAGGUGUGACGCCUUGUGCUCUUUAUUGUACUAAAAAAUCUGCUAUAUCUGACAUAAAUUUAUGAUAUGUGCACUCGUUUUGGGUUAACGAUGAUUUGUCAAGGUUUUUCACAUUUUCAAACAAGUUUCUGCACAUAUCUGUGGACACUGAUAUUCAUCAACAAAAAACGUCCAGUAGUACAAUCUUUUGCUUUUCUUGGUUUUAAUUGAAUGCGCAUUAUACAAUAAUAUGUCAUUUUUAUAAUGUUAUAACAUGAUUUCUUUCAACGUGGUCGGAAAAAGAAGCAAUAUAGAGAGAACGAAUUAUUUGUCAUACGAGAGUUGUUAGCAGUGUAUUUAUUGUUUAUUUAUAAUUUCGUACAGCUGCAUCAAGAAAACGAAUGUCCAGCGUAUCCAACUGUGUGUGAAAAAUGCAACAAAGACGGAAUUCCACGAGCAAAGGUACAGCUAUAUAAGACUGUGGUGUGGCUUGUUUUCUUUUCAGUCAAAUUCUAGUAACAGUAGGGCAGCACUUUAUCCCCGUUAUCUCAGACAAACAAAGGAGAGACACCUACAUCACUUAAUUGUUGUGACACGUACUUAGAAGUUUUUUACUCAUGAAGUUAGUGGUAACCUGCUUGUGGCUCUUAAUUCUUACUUAAAGCUUUCGCACUUAUUUCCUCGAAUAAGCGCCCGGGCGCUUAUUCAAAAUUUAGGCUGAAAGGAUGGGCGCUUCUGAAAUGAGGGUGCUUAAUUGAGGGAGGGAGCACUUUAAGUUCUCCUGUUUGUAAUCAAGCAUACUGUAGUCCCUUCAUAUUGUGUACACACAGAUUUAUCGGUAUAAAAUGUUGAAGUUGAAGCUGAAAAAGUUAUCGUUGAAAUGGAAACGGGUUUUCCUGGUAUCCCUACUAUUAAGAAAAUGAUGAGGGAGGGGCCCAUACUCGAUAUUUUAGCCGAGGGCGGUGAGCCCUUUUUCGAGGAAGGGUACUUAUAUAGAGCGUGGGCGCUUAUUCACGGAAAUACGGUACAUGUAUUCUUCUUGUAAUGUAGUGCUGUUUCCGGCAUUUUCCAGGAAUGAGAUACAAAGCAUAAGUUCCGGACAUAUGCACUCAGUUCCCCUCUCAUUUCCCAGCUGACUUCACUGGUGACAGUGCGUUCUGGGAUAAUAAUUUAUGAAUAUUGUUUUUGAGGAUUAAAAAAAGUAGGCACAGGGUGUAGACGACGUGGCUGUGACGUAUUAUGCCAUCGUACAUUACCAUUCUUCUUCAGGUCAAAUUUCCCCUCUACUUAUAUCAACUCCUUACUAUUAUCCUUUCAGUUGCCAGAGCAUCAGGAUCCAGUUGUAGGAGACUGUGAUGCAGUGCAAGGACCGUGUCCAUUUGCACAGAUUGGCUGCUCAAGAACCCAGGUACACGAGAUUAAGGGUUGCUCCUUCGUCCCCUACGCAACAACACAGCUCAACUCAACUCAGCAUUUUUCAAAGCAAACAAAAUGACUUCCAGAGAAUUCUAUUUCUUUUUAGUAAAAUUACCAAAGGCAAUAAAACCUGUAAUCUGCACUGACGAGAUACUGACGAGCCUCUGUUCCACUCGAGAUUUCAACUCACGUUCGAGCUUCUGGCUGCUUAUCGAAAUACUCUGACCAACAAGACAGCCAUUUUGUUUUCUUGUCACUGAAAAAUAUGAUCACAUUUGUGGAAAGUGAACAAUUUUGUUUAUAGCCUCCAUUUCUUUUGUAGACCCUCAACUCAAGGCAAAAGAGAGAGCACCUGGAGAGCGAAAAUGUUUAUCACACAACUUUGCUACUUCAUCAGGGUCUAAAGAUGGGUCGAGAAAUGGAAGCAGUGGUGACUCGUGAUCCAAGAAUCCUGUCAAGAAGCCCGCAUAUCUUCACAAACUAUGACGGCAUCAUCUCUGACAUACUUGCCCAAAUUCAAACCACUACCGUAGAAAACAGGGAUUUACGAGAAAAACUACGAGAGAAUAGUGAACGAAUAACCUCCCUUGAAAGAAAAGUGGCCUCAGGGAAUCUCACGGCAGCGGCCCCAUCUGCUCAAGUGUCUGGUGAUUCAAGUGGUAGUGUACCAAACAACGAAAUUGCACGAAGGUUAAACAAUCUUGAUAAUAAGACCGCUGACCACGAGGUGCUGUUGGUUGAAAGUAAUCGUUCAAUUGAGCAGGCAAAUCGAGAUGUGGGUAAUGUAAGGCGACUGGUUGAGACUGUCCAGGAAACCGUCAGAAGGGUUGAAAGAAGGAUUGAGUCUAUUGAGCACACCCUGGCUCUAAGAAAUGUCACCUUAGCUGAUUUGGAGGAAUACAUCAGGCAGCAGGAGUUUUCAAGCUACGAUGGCCAGUUGCUGUGGAAAAUAACUGAAUUUGCACGUAGAAGAAACGAAGCAGUCAGCGGGCAGCAAGUCUCUUUCUACAGCCCUUGUUUCUACACCAGUCGCUAUGGAUAUAAGAUGUGCGCCCGCAUAUAUUUAAACGGAGAUGGCAUGGGCCGAGGAACACACAUCUCUGUGUUCUUUGUGGUCAUGCGCGGUCAGUAUGAUGCAAUUCUCCGCUGGCCAUUCAGACAGAAGGUCACGUUCAUGUUGUUGGAUCAAGAUAAUGUUGAACACGUUAUCGAUGCGUUCAGGCCUGACCCCAACAGCUCCUCGUUUCAGAGACCGAGGAGGGAAACCAACAUUGCAAGUGGGUGUCCGAUGUUUUGCUCUCUGACCGAAUUAAAUAAUCACGCUUAUGUGCGCGAUGAUACCAUGUUCCUAAAGAUCAUAGUCGACACUACUGACCUGUAG